AUGAUUGGCGUUACUAUAAAAACGCCCGGUCAGAGCGACGCGUCGGUGGGCGACGAGACGCACACGACGACGCGCGAGCGCUUUGGAGUGAACGCGGACGCGCGUGAACGAAUUUUAGUGCGCAUGUCACGCUCCGAUGGUGCGCGCGCGCACGUGUGGGACUCGAUCGAUGAUCUGCGAGGUGACGCGCAUUACAUCGCGCUCGGGGUGUGCGCGCGAGCGACGACGAGCGAGAUCAAGCGCGCGUUCGCGGUGAAGGCACGGGAGCUUCACCCGGACAAAGGGGGCAACGCGGCGGCGUUCGCCAAGGUGCGUAAGGCGUACGAGACGCUCAUCGACCCGAAGUUGCGUCGAACGUACGACGCACUUCAGAAGGAGCACAAGUAUCGGUACAUUCGUGGGGUGACACAACGCGCGCCGGGGGGCGAGGAUUCACUUCUGGACGACAUAGAGCGGUUAGGAUUGGAGAACGUGUGCGCGGCGACGCAGUUGGUGACGCUCUGCGAGGUGUGCGGUAGACCAAGCACGAAGGAGUGCUUUGUGUGCACAGCGCUGUUUUGUGACUUCUGUGAGCGAAAGCAGCAUUGGAAGGGAGAAGUCGGUUUGCACUGGCCGGUCGUGCAAGUAGACGGAAAGAUGGCGAAACAAUUGGGUCAGCGACAGCUCGAGGAGAAGCGGAAGGAGGACUACGAGCGUGCGCAGCGUGAGGAUCCGAAUUAUAGAACUGAUUCAGAGUUGCAGGCGCUGCGCUCAUUCAAGGAAAUUGCCGCAGAGAUGUAUCAUCCAGAUGGUCGUCACAAGAAACGAUACGACGCUCGACUUGCGCAAAACUAUAUGUGGACGCAAAGCAUGCGCUCUGUGUUCGUCGCGGUGCACAUUCCCACUGGAUACGCCGACAAAGAACUUCACUGUGAAUUUAACGGAGACUACGUCUUGGUCCAACCCGAGGAUUCGCUCCCGGUGGUGGACCGCGUGCUCGCCCGAUCUACGGACGCGCGAUAUCCGGUGCAGACAUUCCAAACUGAAGAUAAACGUUUCCUCAUGAUCGAAAUGCGCAAGGCGAAGAUAGGUGAGGAGUGGAAAAAGCUCUUCGAAGGUGACUCUGAUUACGCUCGCUGCGUCAAGCCACCGUACGAAUUGAAGGAGUCGAACAGUGAAGUUCUCAUGGAGUUCGAGCUUCCAUUUUGGAUUGAUUCCGAAGAUGUUGGCGUGAACAUCACACCUAUGGGAAUUCGCAUCAAAGUUGGCGGCGAAUUCGACGUGGAGCGCAUGUUCUGGAAAAAGCCGAAGCGCAAGGAAAAAGAUGAUGAGUUCAACGCGAUUGACAUUGAGGAGUGCACGUGGAGUUUGGAUGACGCUUUCGAACGCGAAAGCGGAGAUCCUUGCAAGGUGCUUAUGGUGUUGUUGGCGAAACCAAAACCAGACGAACAAGACAUGCAGUACAAGAGAGGUGUUCGUAGCGACAAUCGAAACGUGCACAGGGACGACGAGAGGCAAGGGGUUAGGUUCUUCAUCGACGAUCAAGAUUCGUACUUCUUGGAAACUAUCCUGCAAGCUGCUGAGUUCGUCGAGACAGGAUCAGCUUGGUACCAGCCUCCUCCAAAUGUGGCGUAUAAACCACCGUUCGCGUCGACGGGAAGGUACAUACGAGACUUCGAAGAGCUGGCAAAAGAUGUCAAGGAAAUCAUCACGACGCUCUUGGAGAAUCGGCCUGCGUCCGCCCACAUCGAAGAGGAUAUCUUUGACAUUGAUGACCUCGAGAAUGACAGCGCGUCGAUGAAUUGA